GUGUUUGCAAAGGGCUGGGUUGACGUCUGGGUGCUCGGUGGUUUGGAAAGUCCUGCUGAAAUGUAAAGAGCUUUGCUGUCGCCCCGGAGCUCACAGUGUCCGUGGCAUCGGAGAGGACUGACUCAUCCGCUGUAAAUGGACGCGAUACUGAACUACAGGCCGGAGGGCAGCAAGGACUACUACGCCUUGCUGGGAUGCGAUGAGCUCUCCUCGGUUGAGCAAAUCUUGGCAGAAUUUAAGAUUAGAGCUCUGGAAUGUCACCCCGACAAGCAUCCUGAGAACUCCAAAGCUGUGGAGACUUUUCAGAAAUUGCAGAAGGCGAAGGAGAUUCUGUGCAAUGCAGAGAGUCGAGCCCGCUAUGACCAUUGGCGGAGGAGCCAGAUGUCAAUGCCAUUCGAGCAGUGGGAAGCUUUGGCCGACUCAGUGAAAACUUCGAUGCAUUGGGCUGUCAGAAGUAAGAAGGACUUGAUGCUGGAAGGAAGUGGCCAGACGUUCACCAGCUCAGUUCCAAACAAGGAACGGAGUGAGCAGCGGGAAACUAAGAAAGGGGACCCAGACUCAACCCCAGAGAAAAUGAAGCAAAAGGAACCCGAGUUCCCAGAGGAGGGCAUCUCCCCACAAAACCCAGACUCUCCAGGUCUCUCAGGCUUGAACUGUGGCCACCUUCGUUUCCGCUGGUCUGGUGACGCCCCCUCAGACCUCCUGCGGAAGUUCAGAAACUAUGAAAUCUGAAGCAUUGCUGUUUGGGAAGGAGGGAGGGCAAGGCCUUCAUCUCUGCUGCCAAAGCGAAUCUUUAUGUCUUUAAAAUGUUGUGUUUGUGCGUUAGUCGGAAUGGUCAAGCCCCAUUGAAGGCACUCUUACAGUGCACUUUGUGUUAGUUUUUACUGGGGAUUGAACCCACGACCUUCCGUAUGCUCUGUAUUAUUGACUCUUACUUCCCACAUGUUGUUUAAGUGAGAAAAAUGGUUGUAAGUUGUAGUUUACUUCAAUAUUUGAGUCAAUUAAGGCUCUUAGAUACACUUGUUUCUGAGAGUACAUUUAGAUACUAUGUAGUUUGUAUUUCUAAGAGUACACUUAGAUAUUAGUUCCUAUUAUAUGUUUUUCCUGUUAAUGUGAUUUGUAGAUAUUUGUUAAAAAUCAUUCUCUUUUGGUGUCUUGUGAUCCCUACCCAUACAAAAAUGUCUUUUGGAUUUUGGUUUAAAACAAAAUGUAGACUUACUUGUCUAAAUUUCAUAGAGUGAAAUAAAUAAUUUCCUCAAAGUUCAAUUAUGCAUUUAG